AUGACAUCAAGCAACGAUUCUUACAGUAAUAGUGAUGACAGUUUGUUAACGUCCAGUUCAUCUUCAUCUAAUGCUGAUGAUGAAAUUGAUCCGACUAGAUGGACAACAGCUCCAACGGUCAACAGAAAUCCAUUUCCUUUUGUUGGCAAUCGUGAAGUUCGAAUCAUAGGUGCUCAAACUCCUAUUGAUUAUUGGAAUUAUAUUUUUCCUAAAAAUUUCAUAGAAAUGAUUGUAUAUGAAACAAAUCGCUACGCUGAAAAUAUAUGUAAUAAUCCUCGACGACAAUAUUCACGCAUAAAUAAAUGGGAGCCAACAAAUAUUGAAGAAUUAAAUGUUUUUAUUGCCUUAUUGAUAUGGCAAGGAAUAAUAAAAAAGCCGGAGCUUCAGAUGUACUUCACAACUGAUGAGCUUUUAGCCACACCUAUUUUCAACAAAAUUGUAACUGCUGACAGAUUCCAACUAUUACUUAAGAUGUUACAUUUUGAGACCGAUCCAAGUCCAGACAUUACAUUGAAAAAGAUAUGGCUAGUUAUCGAAGUUCUGCGUUCAACAUUCAAAAGAUUCUACAGACCAGGAAGGUUCUUAAAUGUUGACGAAAGCUUGCACUUGUUCAAGGGUCGCCUAUCCUGGAAACAGUAUAUUCCUUUAAAAAGAGCGCGAUUUGGAUUUAAGUUCUUCAUGUUAUGUGAUAUAAAUGGUUAUGUUCUCGAUUUUAUUAUUUAUACUGGUCGUAAUACAGAUUGUACGGACAAAUUUAGUGAUUUACCAUUACCAAGUCGAAUAGUGAUGACAUUGGUCGAGGAUUAUUUAGAUUUAGGCCAUUGUAUUGUAAUGGAUAAUUAUUACUCCUCACCAAAACUGUUUCUACAACUAGUAGAAAGAAAUACAGAUGCAGUUGGAACAGUUCGUUCGAAUCGAAAAAGUCUUCCAUCUAACUUCAAAUAUGUGAAACUUAAAAAAAAUGAACGAAUUGCAAGAUAUUACAAUAAAAUGAUGGCAUUAAAAUGGCGUGACAGAAAAUAUGUUCAUAUGUUAUCAACAUAUCAUACGAACAAUACCACAAUCAUUCAGAAAGGACAAACUCAAGUUGAAAAACCAACGUGUGUUUAUGAAUAUAAUAAUACAAUGGGUGGUGUCGACAUGACCGAUCAAUUGAUGGCUACUUAUUUUAUUCCUCGAAAAGGAUUGAAAAAAUACUAUAAGAAGAUAUUCAUGAUUUUACUUGAUUUAUCUAUAUUGAAUUAA